CUCUCUCCCCACCCGUCUAGCAUCCUCUCUCUCUAUAAAACGGCGUCGUGAGCACCGUAAGAUUCAUCACUUAAACAAGCCAACUGUGACCGCAAGCUAAGACAGAGAAACAGAAAGAUGGUGCUAAAGGUGUACGGACCUCACUUUGCUUCACCAAAGCGAGCUCUGGUAACGCUCAUCGAGAAGGGCGUCGCCUUCGAGACCGUCCCCGUCGAUCUCAUGAAAGGAGAACACAAGCAGCCUGCUUAUCUCGCCUUACAGCCUUUCGGUACCGUCCCUGCUGUUGUCGACGGCGACUACAAAAUCUUUGAGUCACGUGCCGUCAUGAGGUACGUAGCUGAGAAGUACAGGUCACAAGGACCUGACCUUUUGGGGAAAACCGUGGAAGAAAGAGGACAAGUUGAGCAGUGGCUAGACGUGGAGGCGACCACUUACCACCCACCGCUACUUAACCUGACACUUCACAUAAUGUUCGCGUCAGUUAUGGGAUUCCCAUCUGAUGAGAAGCUGAUCAAGGAGAGCGAAGAGAAGCUCUCAGCUGUGCUCGAUGUCUACGAGGCACAUCUCUCAAAGAGCAAGUACUUGGCCGGUGACUUCGUAAGCUUGGCUGACUUGGCUCACCUCCCGUUUACUGAUUACUUGGUCGGUCCGAUCGGGAAGGCUUACAUGAUCAAAGAUAGGAAGCACGUGAGCGCGUGGUGGGACAGUAUUAGCAGCCGUCCUGCGUGGAAGGAGACUCUUGAGAAGUAUUCAUUCCCCGCUUAAGAACAUAAUGUUCUUUGUUGUUGUUGUUGUUUGUGUGUUUAUGUGAGGUUUAAUAAUAAUGUGGAAAUGUAUGCUUCUUCUUAUAUUAUGUUACCUCUACUCUGUUUCGUUUUGUAACUCGGAACUCUUUGUAUGGUUGAGUGAGGCUUUUAAUUUGAGGAACUUAAUUAUCACCCUUC